GCCCCCGAGAGAAGACGAUGCGCAAGCAGUCCAUGCCCGAGGCCGUGACCUGGGGCUACAGCAAGGAAAAUGGGCCUGAUCGCUGGCAUGAAUAUUAUCCAAUAGCCAAAGGGAACAAUCAGUCACCUGUUGCAGUUCUUAGCAAAGAUGCCUCCAAAGACCCUGCUCUCCUGCCUUGGUUUACUGGUUAUGACCCGGGCGCAUCUAAGAACAUGAGAAACACUGGGAAAACACUGCGGAUUGCAUUUGAUGACACUUUUGAUCGCUCAGUACUGAGGGGAGGACCACUGCCGGGGAUAUACCGGCUCCGUCAGCUUCACAUCCACUGGGGUUCUACGAAUGACAAAGGCUCAGAGCAUGUGGUGGAUGCAAAAAGGCAUGCAGGAGAGAUACAUUUGGUACACUGGUAUUCCAAGUAUAGUAAUUAUGCUGAUGCCUUGAGAAAAACCGAUGGUGUGGCUACUAUAGCCAUUCUAAUGCAAGUAGGGAAAAACCCUAAGCCAGAGAUGAAAAGAAUUAUUGAAGAAAUAGAUGGUAUUAAAACAAAGGGGAAAGAGGUUCCUUUUCAAAACUUUGAUCCAUCUAUCCUCUUCCCUCAAAAUCGGAAUUACUACAGUUAUCAAGGCUCUUUUACAACGCCUCCUUGUGAAGAGUGUGUUACCUGGAUUCUUCUGAAAGAGCCAAUAGUUGUUGAUGAGCACCAGAUGUCAAAGCUGCGUAGCCUUUCUAGCAAUAGUGCAGAAGAACCUCAUUGCCCUUUAGUGGACAACUGGCGGCCUCUUCAGCCUCUCAACAACAGGAUGAUACGAACAACAUGUCAAUAGAAUCUUUACUGGAGUUGCUGUCUUGAGUCACAAAGACCUUUUACACUCAUGUUGUAUAUAGGGUUGUUUUUCCUCCAGAUCUAUGCUGUUGAGCCAGAA